AUGUCAUCUAAACAAGGAGGUGGUGUACUGACUGGAAUGAAGCCGACAACGGUCGAUCCAACAAACCCACUUGUGCUAUUAAUCAUCCAGGUUGUAAUUAUAGUACUCGUCACGCGUUCUCUUAACAUCGUGUUAUCGCGACUGCAACAACCACGGGUGAUUUCCGAAGUCAUUGGAGGAAUUAUCCUCGGCCCAUCAGUGUUUGGAAGGAUUCCGGGGUUCAACGACACCAUAUUCCCUGAAGCAUCGCUUCCCUAUUUAAAAUUAGUAGCCGAUCUGGGAUUAGUGCUGUAUCUGUUUUUGGUUGGCGUUGAGUUGGAUCCUAGGAUGGUCAUGAAACGAGCGCGAAUGUCUAUUAGUAUUUCGGCGGCUGGGAUCGUGAUACCAUUUGCUUUGAGUGUUGCUGUUAGUCUGGGAUUGUAUAAAAUUAAUGAUUCGACUCGAGGCGAUUCUUUUACGAGUUUUCUGCUAUUUAUUGGAGUGGCUAUGGCGAUUACGGCAUUCCCCGUGCUUGCUCGUAUCAUUACUGAGCUCAAACUCCUUCAUACUCGAGUCGGCUCAACUGCCUUAUGUGCUGCAGUCGGUGAUGAUAUAACGGCUUGGGUGCUAUUAGCUCUUGUAGUGUCGAUUAUCAACGCUUCCAAUUCUCUUACAGCGCUCUACAUCUUUUUGCUCGCCAUUGCGUGGGGUCUGCUAUUAAUUUUUCUUGUGAGGCCGGUUCUGUUGACACUCAUUAUUAGAACUAAUAGCCAUAUCAAUGGUCCAACUGUCGCAAUGAUGGCCAUUACUCUUAUUCUGGUUUUGACAUCGGCUUUUAUUACUGACAUUAUUGGAGUCCAUUCUAUCUUUGGAGCUUUUAUGGUCGGCGUAAUCAUACCUCACUCGGACGGAUUUGCUUUGGGUAUUACUGAAAAGAUUGAAGAUUUGAUUAGUAUUCUUUUCAUACCAAUAUAUUUUGCGCUUUCCGGACUUCAUACCCAGAUUGGCUUACUUAAUGAUGGUGCUUCUUGGGGCUAUGUGUUUUUGGUAAUUUUUGUCGCCAUGUUUGGCAAGAUAAGUGGAUGUGGUAUAGUGGCUAGAAUGUACGGUCUUGAUUGGAGAGAAUCGUUAACCGUUG